ACCUGCACUAGAUUUCUCUGCCUUUUGGACUUUCUUUUCCAUUCCACCCUUGAAGCCUACCUCUUUUCCAAGAUUAGACUCUGCUCUCUCCUAAGCUCUUGUUUUCUCAGUAAUUUUCUCUGGCAUAUUAGGCAUGUACCAAGUGCAAGAUUUGGGGAGAGAGACAGCUGGGAGAAAUGGCCCUGACUACAUGGCAGAGAGGAUGGAUCUUUCUAUGGAGCUGAAACGAUGAACUUUAUGGAAAAACAAGGGUCCCCUGAAACAAGAAUCAAGGAAAACAAGGCCAAAACAAGAAGUCAAGAAAGCACAAAAUGUAAAGUACAGUUGAAUGUUGGCAUUAUCCAUGAAGAAGAGGAAACAUUGAGUAGUGGACAAUUUUUGGCAUCUCUGCAACUCAGCUGUCAGCAUCCCCUAGUGUUUUCUUCAUGACUAACAGCUUUGGCUACUUGCUUGUGACACUGCCUCUCUGAUCACAGAGCAAACCCACUCUCUGUUCAUUGGCCUCCAGUACUGGUACUCAAUUCUACUCAGUUUCACCUGAUUCCAGGCGAUAUAAUGGAGAAGUGCACAGAAUCACCACCUACCUUGCAGGUAGAGCCUUCCUUUAUUCAGUCAGAGAAACUGAUUUUGCAGCCACAAAUGCAGCAUUUGACUAAGGAGGAACCUGCUCUGAGGGGCCGAGUCAUGCCUGCCUUGGGUACCCCAGUGAUACCUGUACCCUGCUCACUGGAGCAUUUCACCCAGUUUCAUGGUGACCCUGCCAGUUUUUCAGAGUUUCUUGCUCAGGUUACUACCUACUUGACAGCUCUUCAGAUCACCAAUCCUGAAAAUGAUGUCCAGGUCAAGCUCUUUUUUGACUACCUAUCUCAGCAGAUGGAAAGUUAUGGGGUCAUAUCUGGGGCUGACCAGAGUACUAUGCUGAAGCAAUAUGAGAACAUUGUUCUUGAGUUUCAGAAGCAGUUUUGUGAACCCACAAAAGAAGAGAUGAACUCUCUGAUGAAUGCUAAGGUUGAGAAAGGGGACAACUCUUCCCAGCAGGACACCACUGCUUUCCAACUCCUUGCUCAAAAUCUGAGCUGUAAUGAAAUCAGUCAGAAUGAUCAGUUCCAAGAGGGACUAGCUGACCGCAUCCAGGAUGAAGAGAGUGUUAUGGAUAUGAUGGAUAACCUCCCAGACCUGAUUACUCAGUGUAUUCAGUUGGACAAGAAACGUAGUGACAGGCCAGAACUCCUGCAGUCAGAGACCCAGCUCCCAAUGUUGGCUUCCCUGAUCCACAACCAAGCCCUCUCCAGCCCCACAUGUCUACUACCUAAAGAAGAACCUAUACAGCUGCGGGGAGGCCAGCCACCUCUCACCCCAGCCAAACGAGCCCGCCAACAAGAAACUAAGUUGUGCCUCUACUGCAACCAAGCUGGUCACUUCACAAGAGAUUGCCUUGCCAAACGUUCUCGAGCCCCAGUGAGGGCAAAUAACCCAGCUCACCAGUAAGAGGAGCCCAGGAAGUCACUUUGUAAACUUAUAUCCCUCUCACCCCCAGCCUUACUGAUUUAGACCAUGCACUAACUUUUAAAAUAUGGAUGGGGAACCAUGAUACCACUUAACAGACAGUCAUGAACUCAUCUGCUUCUGGAAAUCAAAACAACCAGAUCUUGUUUAUGAGGAAAUGAACCCUCACCAAACGUGAUCCAACAAUGAUAAAAACAAUUCUUUUCAUCAGGGACUUUCAGAGAAGCACUUUCAGACAGGCACUUUCUGCAGCUGGGAUCAAUCCCCAAGAGUACUGAAAGCCUGUAGGCAAAACUGCCCAGUCUGAGCCAAUGAA